AUGGUCGAUCUACCCUACGCCCUCGACGCGGAAACGCCCCUCAAGGCAUCCGAGCUCCAGGUCCUCCGCGCCCAAUAUGAGAAGGAAGGCGAGAUGGUCGGCGUGCAAACCAAGUUCAACUACGCAUGGGGCCUCGUAAAAUCAGACAACCGCAACGACCAACAACUAGGCGUCCGCCUCCUCUCCGAGAUCUUCCGCGUCUCCCCCGAGCGCCGCCGCGAGUGCCUCUACUACCUCGCCCUCGGCAACUUCAAGCUCGGCAACUACGGCGAGGCCCGCCGCUACAACGACCUCCUCCUCGAGAAGGAGCCCGCGAACCUGCAGGCCUCGAACCUGCGCCAGCUCGUCGACGACAAGGUCGCCAAGGAGGGCCUCAUGGGCGUCGCCAUCAUCAGCGGUGUCGCCGUCGCGGCCGGUGUCGUGGGUGCCUUCUUGGUGAGGAACGUGAAGAGGAGAUGA